UGAGUAAAGUUCUUCGAGAUGGAACUCAUUGAUAUUUCACAUAAAAUCCAUCAAAAUAUGUGUUGACACUUGACAGCGUAAUUGAUUGUAGAAUCCUCCACAAAACUUGCUUCAAUUUAAUUACCCUUUUCCUGGGAUUUAAUUUCAGUUUUUCCCACGACUCCCACAAACGCAAAUGCUUCCCUAACCAGUUCUUUCCCCCACUUUUAUUCCCAUCAUUAUCACCAUCUUCUCUUCCUCCCUCCGUCUCCCACCAUGUUACAGCAAGAAUUUGAUCGCAGAGUGUCCUCGUCUUCCUCCAUUUCAUUGCAGUAAUCUAGGGAGUGUUCUUUAUCCUUUUUGGACCGACUCCACUCUCGACAGCAUUAUCGUCAUCCCUACGGAUUCCGCUUGAUGAAAUGUGAAAAUCCGAUUCCCAUCAUCGACCUCGGCCAAGAUGGAUUAUUCCGCCUGCUGCGCAUAAACAAAUUUAGUAACAAAUGUUACUUGCUCCGCUUGAUACCUUAGAAAAACCCCGAAGCAGAACCCACCGAAGCACCAUUUCUUGAGACACUCCGAAUUCAACCGAAGACUCACUCUGUUCUAUAACCGUAUGCCUACAAGCUUUACGGUACCUCCUGAAAACUGGAUUGAGAACCUUGUUCCCAUUUCCAUGAUCCAUUUUCUGCUUGAAUGGGAUGAGAACAGUGAGCUAUUUAAGUGUGGUACUUCUGUUGAACUAGAAGUUUCUUGGGUAGUGUUUGAGAGGUUCCAGAAUAAGAGGAUAAGACUGGUCGAGGCUUUAAGAGCAGGAUUUGAUGUGGAGUAUAACGUUAGAGGGGUUUUGUGUGCACACUGCAAGGGUUUAGGUGGGAUAUGCGAAUUCAAUUUCAGUUCAUCAGGGCCGUAUACAACAUGCCACCAGCCUCAAGGUACGCAUCAUGCUUAAAGAAAAAGCUUUGGUUUUCAGUUUUCACUUUGCGUUUUUCUUUGAAUUGAGUAGCUUAUUUUAUUUGGUGCACCUAACUACCCAUAUAGAAUGAAAAAAAUGAUUUACU